UUAGAGAUAGGUUGAUCAUGUUUAAGAUUGAAGCAUUAAUUAAUGGCAGGACUUCUUUGAGCAGUUUGAUCCCACACAUCCAGUACUGCCACUGAAUGAUACAGAGUGUAGACCAGAAUAUUGUUUAUGAAUGAAGCUUCUUUUAGCCACUCCCACACUUUCAAUAGCAAAACUGACCAAUCAAACAUCUGUGACGUAGAGGAACAGAAUCCACAAUACCCACUCUGCAGCUCCACAAAGUUUGAUCAAGGUUCGUCAAAUCUUUUCCAGCUGUUGUGUUUACAGACAGACAGAAGCACAUACUGACAGAAACAUCAGCUCCUUGGUGGAGGUGACUAUGAUUCUUACAAUUAUAGUGUGUAUUGAUAGCAUAUAAAAAGUACCCUAUAAAGAUUUUAAAUACCACAUCCCAUCUGACCUCUGCUGCAAGAUCAACCGAUUGAUCUUAAGUUCAAUUCACUAAUAAUGCUAUAUAAAGCUAUUUCAAACUAUAUAGAGCUAUAAACAAAUGUUUAUUCUUUUACAAACCAGAAACAAAUCAUAAACCUCUGACUAAACAUUUAAAAAACUUUUACUGAACAAUGAAAUGAAUAAUACACAUGUACUAUAUCCCCAUAAAUAAAACAAACAAGAACUCAGAAUUAUGGUCAAGUAUAUUAAAAUGGGCUCCAACAGGGCAGAUAACAAAAGCCUGCACUCUGCAUUUGUUUUCACGGCAUUACAAACUUCUUCAAGUACAUACAAGGUGAAAUUUGAGCAGCAGUGCAUCUAUGAUUCCUCUUGUGUCCAAAUAACUGGACUUGGAAAAUAUUUAUAUUAUUACAUUUAAAUUCUGUAUGAUUUUGUUAAAUAUGCAAAGGUUAUUCUACACAACAACAAAACCUCAUCAGGUUAGCUUUUGUUUUAUAGGUAAAUUUGAAGAAACAAUGAAACAUGGAUAACUUCCAGCUCCAAGGCUGCUGCUGCAAAACUGAGUCCAAAACCAGGAUACAGGAAUAGGAGUAACCGGCCACUUUAUUAGGUAUAUCUGUUCGACUGCAUGUUAAGUCAACUGUCUAAUCAGCCAAUCACGUGGCAGCACAUGACAUGAUCCAGAUCCAGAUAUAAAAUAUCAUUACAGUCCGUUUGUUGUUCAUAUAUGUAUAUAUUUAUAUAUGUAUACAUAUAUGCACACGUGGGAACCUGAAGUCAUUUCCGGUGCUGUGGUUAAAAAAAAGUGAGCUCCACCGUGGGAAAAACACGUUAUUUUCAUCUGCAUUUCAAAGAGCUGGACAGCUGCGCUGAAUGAAUGAAAUAACAAAGUAUUUUUAAAAAAUCUACACGGCUUAAAACUUUCACGUACAGCUCGCUUUAACGUGACCACUUGCCGAAGCUACACGCACAUUUACGUUCCCGUCGCUUACCCGCCAUCACGGACAGCCUGGUGACAGCAUAAACUUUAACGGAAGGGUUUUAAGAGUAUUCCGUGUCGGUGACAGCAGUGGACGUGCAGGCUGCACGUGAUCUCUCCCCGUGUUUCAAAUCCAUGCGGUGGGCGGGGCUUAUAGGCAUACUUCAAAGGAGAGAUUUAAAAGCGACCUUUACGUCAUAUAACACGCAUCAUUACAAAGCACUCUCAAACCCGUAAAUAGGGGUGCUGCUACCAGGCACUAUCAUUCAAUUGAGUCCAUGCACUGGAACCAGACACACGAGGUAAAAGAAAACACUAACACUAAAAUGUAUUCGGAUGACAUUAACACAGCCACUGUGGGUCCCAUCAUAGAUGGCUUUUUUGAUAAAAUGAACAUGUCGCAGGUGCGAUCCAUGCUGGCUGGUCGCCCAGAUGACUGCACUGUCCAGGUAAUGUCUCACAUGGUUGCUGAGAUGGUGCAGCUCUGCGCGGACUCUGCCAGAGCAGUACUGCUGCAAAACAGUAUCCCACAAGAGCGAUGCAUCCACAGCCUCUUCAGAGAACUGGAGGGGCGCAUCAGCUCGAUUGCUUUCUCUCUCACCUCGGAGUCAGAUCACGGAGCCAGAGAAGGCUUCAUAAAAGAACUUAUCCAGGUGUUGUUAGGGAGAUUUGCACACUGCACAUGCACCCAGUCUGGCAGCCAGCAGGAAAAUCAGCAGGUCCCACAGACAGAACAACCAGAGAAAGAUCUGGAGUCCUCGCUGUCUGUGGAACCUACACAAAUGGCAAACGCAGAAGCCUCAGUGGUAGAACCAGAGCCUGAAAAAGCAGCCGUGGCUUCUGAGGAGCAGAAACCCUCUGCGUCACCUCAAGGUGAAGCAGAGGGAAAAAAGCUCAUAAGCACGCUCCUUCAGGCUGUCCUUUCCCGCGUUGCAAAAGAAUCCGAAGCCUGCCCAUCAGACUCCCUCCACCAGCGCCUUUUAGAUCAAAUCUGCUCUGAAAUAAAAACAGCAGAUUUGCCUUUAUCACCAAAGGCCCUACAAAAUCUUGCAAAGGUCAUUUUCAAAGACUUUUGCAAGGAAGCAGUCCUCAAACCAGAACACAUUUUAACUAUAUUUCAGUUAGAGCCGACAGUGGACAAACUUUUCAUCUAUGUGUUUAAGAAACACUUUCUGGCAUCCACACAGAAACUAGAGUAUCUGUUAGAGUCUUCCGAAAUCAAGGCUAGGAAGCAGCUUUCAGUUGACGUCUGUGUGGAAGAACUUGUCAUGCAUGCUUUCAAAAAGGCACGCAUUCCCUAUACAGAUAUGACAAUUUAUGAAAUUAAGAAACGUUUGUUCGAGAAAAUCUGGGCUGAUGUCCAAGAUAUCGAUUUUCAACCCUCCUCGAAGUCCUUCAAAACCUUACACAAGGUCAUUUACAAAUCUCUACUUAAAGAGUAUAAGGACCCCGAGUGUGUCAUGAUUCUCUUUAAUCUUGACCGGGAAGUAGGUCAGAAAAAAAUCAUCGAAACUUUUAAAGAACAUCUGAUGUUGGCAGCGGCGCCAGCAGGUCGCAUCAAAAGGUUCUUCUCAUUUCUGGGCCGGCGUUUAGGCAUCACCCGCAGACAGUCGCGGCUGUCUCCCCUGUAAAAACAACAGAACAUUUCACAUUGACUAGCCGACAUCAAAGUGACUCUUUAAAUUGACUAACAACAAACAAUUCAAACUAGCCAAUUUAUUUAAUAUCCAAUCAAGUCAUUUUAA